AUCGCUAAAGAUAACCAGUGGGAUGAUGUACAAUGUGAUCUAAUUAGACCAUUCAUCUGUUACGAUGCUGGAUUCAGUGGUGCUUCCAGGUUCAUUGGCUUCAGUAAUCCUUUAAUGACGUGGCCUGAUGCUCGGACUUACUGCCAAACUUAUCACACAGACUUGGCCAGCUGCCUUAACAGUGCAGACAAUGACCUAUUGGUGGCGAUAAAGGUUGUCCAGGGUGAUUCCUGGAUCGGCCUACACAGAGACAUGGACAUGUGGAAGUGGUCAGAUGGGACCUACGCUCCAAACAUUCCAUGGUUUCCUGGACAACCGGACAAUUAUUUCGGCAGUGAGGACUGUGCAGUGGUUUAUAGCGGACAUUUCUAUGAUGAACAAUGUACCAACCUGCAUUAUAUUUUCUGUGACACCAUUUCCCCAAUGAGAAGUCAGAUUUUGAGAUUGCAGGUGAAGUCUAAUGAGACUGGGUUUGAUCCGGCUGUACAGUCGUCUAUUUUAGAGCAGAUGAAGCAAAAACUGAAAGAAAAAGGCAUGUUGAACUACACCACAGUGACCUGGAAGGUGCAGCCAGACGGAAACAUCUUCCACAAGAAAAUAAAUGAUGACCUGUAAAUAAAACUGUAAAACUAAAUCCCAUAAACUGUAAACUACAAGGUCUAAAUGUUCGGCUUUAUGUCCAGUAAACAGCAAGCUGAAAGGAAUCAGAGGACACAAUUAGCUACAUAGAGAAGAAUAAACAGAGAUUUUCACUGCACUGUUUGGAACAUUUCCUCUUAGACUUUACCUCAACUUUAAACUCAAGUUUUUCAGAUUCUCAGCAUUUACUGCAACCACCAGAGCUGAAAAUAUAAAUAAACUCAGAGCACAUCUUCAACACUGGAACACAGUUUGGUGUAUCAGUUCAGUAUAAUAAUGAUCACUGAGAAAUGUGAAAGAAUGUGAUAAUAAACUGUGUGUCUUGAAAAGUCAUGUAUAAUAUA